AUGGCGGCCCCCGGGGCCCUAGAACCCGUGGCGCUGGAGCGGAUCGUGGGGGCCCUGAAGCUGCUGCUAAGCCCCGGAGGAUCAGAUUCCAGUUCAUUGCAGAUUGCAAAACAGGAUGUUCUGUUGGAUACUUUAAAAUCUAACUUGUCCGCUUUGGAUAGAAAGUUUGAGGAGGAUCCUCAGUGGGGGGAACUGAAGAAUUUACGAGAAGAAAUUACCACUAGGGCAGAAUGGCUGCAGAACUCUCUGGACGUUACCUGGAGUUUCACUUCUCAGCUCUUAGUGCUGCUCUUGUGUCUGAAACAAAGCAUGGUCAUGCUGGUGGCUAACUUCCAUCCCCCUGAGCCAAAUCCUAGAACUGCAGAAGCCGCUCCUGUCUUAAGUCCUGAUACACUCAGCAUCUCUCAGCAGAAAACCGUUCAGUCAGCCUUGCAGUUUGUGGUUACCUUGGGCAUUUGUCCCUUUCUCCUCUCUGGCGUUGGAAUACCCCUGCGAUGCCGCACGGAGUUUGGCGCCGUUAUACAAGAUGUGGUCUCUUUUGCCGCUGCCCCCAGUGCGAUUCAUAGAUUAUACACGAGUUGCAUUGUACUGCUGGAUAUUGCAAAACACACGUCUUUGGGCAGCUUGAUUCUUAGUCGUCAUUUUGGAGACAUUGCAGCAGGGCUCUGCCAGCUAGGAUUCUGCCCCAUGAAAAGAAGAGAUGAGCCAGAAAAGCCUCUGCAAGAAGGUCUAAAGGAAGAAGAGAGGACCCGAGCCAGAAAAGCUUUGCAGAGCAUUUUAGAUCAAGUCUACCAGCCCCUGGUUGUUCGGGAGCUGAUUAUCCUCCAGGGAGGACCUCAACAGACAGGCUCAGAUAUGAAAACACAGACUAGUGCCCGGACCCCAGCCUGGCUCCGACGUCUUUGUGGACAACUGCUUUCAGAAAGGCUGAUGAGACCCCAUGGUGUUCAGGCUGUGGUCCGGGGCAUCCUGGAAGGAGCCGGUGCUGGAGCGGCUGGUGGUGCUGGUGCUGAAGCAGCUGCUGCUGACUGGAGGAAGUGUGAUAUGGUAGCCAAGAUUCUGGCCUCCUGCCCCCAACAAUCCCUUUCCAUAGAAGAUUACUAUCAGCAAAUCUGCCCUCAGAUUCUAGAUUUAUUACACAUUCAGGAUAAAUUGGUAGCCCGGCAGUUUCAGAGAGUUGCUACCACUACCUUCUUGACCAUGACGAGAGAACAUCCUCAAUUGGCCACAAAACACUUGCUUCAACCAAUGUUAGAGCCAAUUCAUCGAUGUUCCAGUGCGGCAGAGGUAUCAUCAGAGUGGGAAUUACCUCCAGGAACCAUCGUGGUAAAGGAGGAAGAACUGAGCCGCUGUCUGGAAGACGUGUUUAAGGUGUUUGUGGUUGGGAAUGAGCCUGUCACGGCCUUGCUGGAGUCCUUGCUUCCAGAUCUGGGGAUUGUUUUUUCUCUCUAUUGCUUUACUCGGCAGAAUGUGUCUCCCUUAAGGUCCUUCUGCCAAGAGAUCUUGUUAUGGAUGCUGAAGAAGCUGGAGAGAAAGGCAGCGCUUGCUGCUCUGAAGGGAUUGGCAGGUCUGGAUAAGUCAGCGCCAUCUCUCCAUCCUCUGUGUGAAUUCAGAGCUGCCAGUCAGGGCAGCACAAUGGUGACCAUCAAAGAGACAAGCAGUGACGAGGAUGAGGUUCUUUAUCAGAAAGUCUCCUCGGAGCAGGGCCAGGUAGAGUUUCUGGUGGACCUGCUGUCUCAGUGUCAGGAGUGUGGUCUGGCAGGAGACUUCUUCAUCUGCUGUUUGGAGGAGCUGACACAUGUAGCAGCAGAAAACAAAGCCAAGCUUCGACCCGAGCCACUCUCCCAUGAAAGCCUCUUGGCCCUGGAAGAAUACCGAAGUUUUCUUGUCCAAGAGCAGGAGAAGAAGCUGCUGACCUUGCAAGUGGUGGCCGUUCUGUGCGAGAGAAUGUCUGAGACGGUCUUCACCAGUAUCACCCAGGUGGUGGAAUUUGUAGCAGCAACAUUGAAGAGAGCGUGUCUCAGCUUAACCCAAGAGUUAAAGAGUACUGUGGAAGCCCAGACUUUGAGUAUGUCAAUGGGCCUAGUGGCUGCCAUUUUGGGAGGUGCUGUUCAGUUGAAAUCAAGUGACUUUGAUGCCCUGAAGAAGCUGGUACCUCUGCUAGAAGAGGUCUCCUGCACAUACCCAGAACCUGUCAUUCAGGAACUUGCCACCGAUCUCCGAAUUACCAUCAGCACCCACGGUGCCUUCUCCACCGAUGCAGUCAGUGCGGCUGCAGAGGCCACAGUGAAGAAAAACAAUCCAGGAGGGGGCGGGAUGGAGGGACAGCUUCAUACCAAACCUCAGAGAAGUUCUGAGGCUGAUAUGGUCCACAGCCACUCGGGCCAGCAGCCCCAGAGCGAGAAAGCCAGUCACACGGCGAGCCCCUCUGCUUUUCCACGCAUGCCCCGUGAGGCGCAGGGAGCAAGCCCCAGGCAACAGCAGUGCUUCUCCGCCGAUAGUGCCACUGCAAACCGGAGCCCCAGAUGCACCACCCCAGAACAGUUUCAAGAGGUUCUCUUGUCAGCCUAUGACCCCGAAAUUCCAACACGGGCUGCUGCCUUGAGGACUCUUUCCUGCUGGAUAGAACAGAGAGCUCCCCAGGCACUUAGAACCCAGGAGAAGCUUCUGAAGGUAUUUUUAGAGAACAUGGAGCAUGAAGACACCUUUGUGUAUUUGUCUGCUAUUCAAGGUGUUGCCCUGCUGGCAGAUGUCUAUCCUGAGGAAAUCCUUCCAUCCCUGCUAGCACAGUAUGGGAGUAGCCCCGGAAAGCACCCACCAGAGACCAGAAUGAAAGUUGGAGAAGCAUUGAUGAGGAUCGUCCGAGCUUUAGGGGACAUGGUCUCGAAGUACCGAGAACCUUUGAUUCACACCUUCCUGAGGGGAGCGAAAGAUGCAGACGGAAGCCACAGGGCCAGCAGUUUGUCCAAUCUCGGAGAACUUUGUCAGAGGCUCCACUUUCUUUUGGGCCCUGUGGUUCAUGAGGUGACAUCUUGCUUGAUUGCUGUGGCGAAGACCGACCCUGAAGCCCAGGUUCGAAGAGCUGCUGUCCACGUGGUGGUGCUUCUGCUCCGUGGGCUCAGCCAGAAAGCCACUGAAGUGCUGAGAGAUGUCCUGAAGGACCUUUACCACCUGCUAAAGCACGUGGUCCGUUCCGAGCCAGAUGAGGCGACCCAGUUGCAUGCCCAGCUCGCCCUAGAAGAACUUGAUGAAAUUAUGAGGAGCUUCCUGUUCCCACCACAGAGGCUGGAGAAGAAGAUAGUGGUGCUCCCAUAGCAUGCCCUUCCACAAAGGAUGGUCAAGUCUGGAGCCUCAAGAACAGCUGAGCAGUAAACAUCUUCCAGAAGGGGGCCCCACUCCCCUCCUGCUGUUAACAGUGUGGUCACAGAGACAGCUUGCUGUCCGAGAACGUCACCUGGGGUCUACCUGCCUAAAGAUGCUGCUCAUGUAACCAUUGAUAACCAGCCUGCCUUGUGGACAUGAGGGGGAAGGAUUGUAAGGCAUACACUCACACCCCUCCCUGUUCCUGCCCCGAUCCCAUUAGAGAAGAAGUGUUUAUGUAAAGAAAGCAUAUUUUUUUAGGGGGUGGUGGCAUUUGAUGGCCCAGAGAUUCUCUGUGUGGCCAUCACAGUGAGGAGCAAUUGUCCUUUGAUGCUGACAAGGGCGGUCAUUACCACAGCUGGGGAGGGGAAGGGACCAAUGUCUGUGAAACACUCACCAUGGAAGGGGUUGAUUUUGGCUAGAAAGAGCCAGAAAGGGGACAUCAGGAGACCAUGUAGUCCAGCCCUCCUCCUCAUCUCACAGCCCAGAAAGAGGUCACAGGGGCCUGGCCAGGCUUCUUUUCCCUCUGCCACCCCCUGCAACAGGGCUGUGUCUGACACAUGAAAUACAGGACCGGUGGUGUUCCCAAGGGACAGUCAUAGAACAGGCAAUUCCUGAGUGGAAGCCUCCCAAACCUGUCGAAUCCUCCAGAUGAGAAAGGCAGACUCUCUCCAUUCUCUCCUGGCCUCAUUUUCCCACCCUUUUGUGUGGUAAAGGGUGAAUGAAGGCGCCUUAGACAUUUGCAGGUGUCAAUAAUAAAGAGUGAUCAGCGUUGGUUCGGUUUCUCCCCAUCUUAGAAAAAGGCAUUUUCCUAAAUAUAGCUCCUGCUGUGCCUCCCUCCCUUUGUCAGGGUCACGAUCUUGGCUGUGAUGGGAGAGGGGAUAGGUUUAGAAAUGAAGGUGAGAUUUUAAAAAUCAAUAAAAAUUUUUAAAAGAAA